UUAACCAACAGAAAGCAGAAUUCUUUUGAACAUUUUGUUGUUGUUCUAUAAAUAAAAAGUCGUAAUUGUGUGACACUCGGCAGUAGUUAAUUUAAUUUUGAUUAGAUUCGAAUCAUUUGUUAUCAUUUAUUUAAAGAGCGGUUAGCACUCACAACAAAGCGAGUGCUUCACCAUUGUUUGCUGACACAUUCGUCCAAUGUAGAGCCCUCAAAAGUGGCAGGUAGUGUUUAUUAUAUAAAUUAUGUGGAUCUAAAUUGUUAAGUACUCUACAAAAGGAAUUACAGUUGUUUUUUCAAUUUCUAAUAAGGUUUGACAGCCUGAUGAUGCCUAAGGUUCCAGAACCGAUUUUGGAGUUCCUGAAAUGUGAAGUGUGUUCAUGCUGGUUAUCCUGCGGUCCCGUACUGGUCCUGCCGUCUUUCAAAAGCAUUUGCGGUCGUUGUAGUAACAACGCCAAUAUCCUGCAAUUGGGUCCUCAAAGUAAAUUAAGGCAUGUCACCUACGAGCUACUGGCUAGUUUUUACAAAUUCCCUUGCAUCUACUGGAGCAAGCACUGUCCAGGUUAUCUCGACUGGGACGAUUCGACAAAACACGAAGAUAACUGCCUUUACGGCACCACCGUUAUAAAAUACUGCGCCAAACCCCAACUCAUGUUCAAACAGGAAAGAAAAUUGAAUUUGGCAGAGGACAUAACGUUGUAUGACAUUCCCGACAAUCUUCUGGAACAGUUGAAGUGCUAUUUAUGUGAAGGAUAUUUGUCUUGCAACCCCAUAGUUAUCACGGGGGAUGGAAAAAAUAUCUGCCAUAGAUGUGUGACAACCCAUGGGGUUCCAGAAGGGAGAGUUUGGCGUCAUACAGCCUUUGAGAUUCUUUUGGAAACGUUCAUCUUUCCGUGCAUCUACAAAUUUAGGGGAUGCACCAUCAGGUAUAGAUUUGGUGAACAAAUGUGGACCCAUGAAAUCGAGUGUUCCUACGGUAGGAUCUUCAAGAAAGCAAAAAACGUAAAUGCCAAUGGCAAAGAGAGGGGUGUAAUUGAAACUCAUACCGGGCAUAUUUACGCCACCCUCACCCCCAAUAAACCGCUGUUUGCUCCACCAGACGAGGUAGGAAAACAAGGACCAUUUCUAAGCGAAUUUCAGAGACACCGGGAAAGUUUGGUCAAAAAAUGGGGUAACAAUGGGACAGACAGGAACGGAAACGUGGUCGAAAUAAUGGAAAAUAAGCAAGACGAGACCGAUACUGACAGCAGGAUUUACGGUCAGCAAAAUGGAGCAAGGAAUAUGGUCAGAUACGAUAGUGUAGAAUUUGGGAACACAAUAAGGAACAAUCUAAUAGACGAAUUGAAAACCAAACAGAAACAAAGAAGUGACGACAUCAUAAGUAUUUCUAGUUCAGCAAGACUGAGUGACUAUUCAUACCACAGCGGGUUCAGUGGGAAUCGUCCAAGUAAACCGAAAAAAUUUGAAUAUUCCGUCUAUUAACUAUCUAGAAUUCUAUCUACCUAACCUAACAAAAUGUCAGUAUUACUAAUGUUAUCUACUAUUUAAAAAUUCGCUAGUGCAACUGUUGUGAAAGUACGUAAAUAAAUCCAAAUUAAACACACAAACACUUGGCAAUAAUGGCAACCUGUGUCUAAACAAUUGUUUCAUCGAUAAAUUAGUUACCAUCAUCAAUAGAUGUACAUUGUAUGGAUUUUACGUAUUUGGAUUACUAUUAAUGUUAUUUAUUAAAGUCUAAAAGCAUCAAAGUAAUAUUCUAUUAGUUAUAAAUAACAUAAAGUAGUUGGAAUAUUCCAAAUUAAUUAGAAAUCAAAGUAGGUUUCCGUUCACAAACAAUUAUUUCUAUCUGAAUUUAUUUUGGAAUUAGGCUUAUUACUGAGCGCAUGCUUAGUGUAUGGACACGACUUUAUUUUUAAUGUUAUAAGUAUAUAUUUUACAAAAAUACAAUAUAAAUUCAUUGAAUGUC